GUUAGGUGUAAUGGGACUGAGAACUGUUCAUCUUCUUCCUCAACUGGGUUUGAACCAGAAAUUUGAAUUUCCCAAAAACCAGACCAAACACUUGAGCAUAUCUCAAGUCUCUUCUUCUUCUUCUUCUUUGCAAGUUGUGUGUGGCUUGAGAAAUAGGGCGAGAACGCCCUUGUGGAAGUCAAGGUUGUUGUCCACUGAGGCAAUUCAAGCAGUUCAGUCUAUGAAACUAGCCGCAGCGACACCUGAUGCAUUGGACCGCGUUUUCAAGACCCGAGUGAGCAGACUGCUGAAACGUGAUCUGUUGGAUGCCCUGGCUGAGUUGCAGAGGCAAAAUGAAGUCGAAUUAGCCGUCAAGGUCUUCAAUCAAGCUAGGAAAGAAGUCUGGUACGCACCGGAUCUUUGUAUGUACAACGACAUGUUAAGGAUGUUGGGGAAGAACAAAGCGGUCGAAGCAGUGGAGAUGAUGUUUUGUGAACUGAGGAAAGACGGGUUAGAACCAGACACGCGGGCAUACACUGAGCUGAUGGGAGCUUACUUUAAGGUGGGUAUGGUAGAAAAGGGAAUAGAGACAUAUGAACUGUUGAAGGAAUCGGGUUGUGUACCUGAUAAGCUGGCAUUGGCAAUCAUGCUGAGGAACCUUAAAGACACCAAACAUGCAAAAAUUGUCAAAAGAGUGAAGAAAGAUUGCCAACUUUACCUCGACUACCCCGAGGAAUUUCUCCAAGAAGUCGAAAGAAAAUAUCCAAAGCGUAUGCCCCUUACCAUUGUGUGAAGGAAGAAGACUCGUGUACAUAGUUGGGGUUGACUAUGGAGUAUCAUCACAUUUUCGGCUGUUUUUCAAGGCGCAAGAGAUGUGAGCUGUUGCAGCAUGAGAGAUAUAGCAUGGGAAAGGUUAUCCAAUUCAAGGCAUAAUAUGCCCUUUUCUCCAAUGGAAACUGCAACUAUGUUAUUAACAAAUGUAUAGUUUUCAGAGAUGAAGUUGGGACUUCUUAGAACAAAAGUUCACAAGACAGAUAUGUUUGAGUCUCUACCAUGGUCAAGUGUUGUAAUGCCAAUUAAUCAUAUCACAUUUUAUUACUUUAUAAAUUCUAAAAAUAACACUUGGGUUUUAUA